AUGUCCAGAACAAGAACGGUGAUCCUGACGAUCCUGUACAUUCUGUUGCUGAGACCCUCUGACUGUAAAGGCAGCAAGAUUCUGGUGGUUCCUUUUGACGGAAGCCACUGGCUCAACAUGAAGGUUAUCCUUGAAGAACUUCACUCCAGGGGCCACCAAAUUACAGUUCUACGCUCUGCCAAGAGCUGGUACAUCUCUAAUAACUCCUCCAUUUAUACCUCCAUUGAUGUCCCAAUGCUACAGGACGAGACAGACAUUAACGAAUACAACGAAAUGCCACCAGACGUCAUGAACUGUCGCAGCUAUCCUGAAUUUUUACGCAUCAUUUGUAUGCGACGCUUGAUCACAUCUUUGUUAGUAAAUGCCCAUGACACUCUGGCCAGAUCAGCAGGAGCAAUAUUAAAUGACCGUGUGUUAAUAAAAAAGUUACAGGAGUCCAAGUAUGAAUUAAUAUUAGCUGACCCAGGUUUGCCUUUAGGAGUAAUUCUGGGUAGUUAUUUAAAGUUGCCGAUGGUUUUGAACGUACGUUGGCUUAAUACUGGGGAUGCUCAUUUUGACAUAGCUCCUUCUCCUGUCUCAUAUGUUCCUCACACAACAAGUGAACUUCACGACAAAAUGGAUUUCCUAGAGAGGACAAAGAAUAUGUUUUACUUUCUCCAAUGUGUUUAUGAGCAAUACUUUUUGAUUAAUCCUGCUUACUCAGAUGUGUUUGAGCGUCACUUCCCUCCUGGGACUGACUUGUUGUCUUUGCAGCUUUCAGCUGAUAUCUGGUUGCUCAGGGCAGAUUUUGUCUUUGAGUUUCCUCGGCCCACCAUGCCCAACAUUGUUUACAUUGGAGGGUCCCAGUGCAAAGAGGCCAAACCCCUCACUGCAGAGUUGGAGGCAUUCAUGCAGAGUUCUGGGGAACACGGAGUGAUCGUCAUGUCUCUUGGAACACUGGUGUCAACUCUACCACCUAAGAUCACUGAAGCUAUCGCCGCUGCUUUUGCGCAGCUCCCUCAAAAGGUGAUUUGGAGGUUUGACGGUGAAAAGCCUUCCUCUCUGGGUAAUAAUACCCUUCUGGUGAAGUGGCUGCCCCAGAACGACCUCCUGGGACACCCCAAGACUCGUGUCUUUGUAGCCCAUGGAGGGACCAAUGGGAUGUACGAGGCCAUCUAUCACAGUGUUCCUGUUCUGGGUAUGCCUCUCCUUUUUGAUCAGUUUGACAAUGUACUAAGACUGAAGGUCCGUGGUGCUGCUCGAGUAGUGGAGGUCCGAUCACUGACCAAAGAGAACUUCCUGGAGGCUCUAAAGGACCUCAUAGAGAAUCCAUCUUAUCACAGGAACAUAAAGCACCUCUCUCAGCUACACCGUGACCGACCAAUGUCUCCCUUGGACACAGCGAUCUUCUGGAUCGAGUAUGUCAUCAGGCACAAAGGAGCUGCCCACCUGAAGUCUGCAGGUAUCAGCCUGCCUUGGUAUGCCUACUACAGUCUAGAUGUGGCUGCCAUUUUGUUGGCCAUAACUGGAACCUUCAUCUGGGGUUUAGUCCUGGUCUGUAGGUGUCUCUGCUAUCGGUUGUUCAGGAAAAAGAUAAAGGCAGAAUAA